AUGGUUACUGAUCUACCAGCAGACGAGGUGUCUAUGCAGCAGGAGAAUACCAUCUCCUUCCCUCGACGCUCAUCCAAUACAUCCGAACGCACGAAAAUUGAAUUGAGUAACGUCUUUGGCGAAAAGGAAACGGUUGACACUCGGCUCAGUCACUGCGUCAUCAACCUUUCACCCGCUUUCUUCUCACUAAAUAUGGGUACAGGAAUCGUGUCGAUCCUUCUAUACACUUUCCCAUAUCUUGCAAGGUGGUUGAGGACGAUUGGUAUAGUCAUCUUCGUCCUCGACGUUGUUCUCUUCCUUUUGCUCAGCGUGGGCAAUCUCAUCCGGUACAUACAAUGA